AUGGAAUGCGCCACCAGCCUCAUCCUCUCGCUGCUCUCCACUCUCCUCGUCCUCUCUCAUGCCGGCCGCCUCGCCCUUCCCCUCUCCGCCGCCGGAGACCUCGACCAGCCGGAGGGCGGCCUUCGCACGGCCACCGUCCCCCGCUUCGAAAUUGAUGCCCCCCUCUCUGCAGAUGGCUCCCGCCGCCGCUACCGUCACCGCGGCGCCGCUGUUCCCUACGGAGACGGCGUGAUCGCUUCGGUCCACGCGAAGGACGGGGAAGCAGGCGGUGAGGCGAAGACAGGCAGGGAGAAGGCUGCCGACGGGUGGCGGAGAACAGAGGAGGUUGACCAUAGUGGGGGCGAAGAGUACAAGAAGAAAGAUGACGACUUGAAUUCAGGUUCAGACGAGGUAAAGGAGGCAGGAGAAGAGGAGCUGCAGCUUCAGACUAAGAAUAAGAACAAGGAUAAAGAGAAGAAUAAGGAGAAGAACAAGGAUAAAGACAAGGAGAAGGAGAAGAACAAGAACAAAGACAAGGAGAAGGAGAAGAACAAGGAUAAAGAGAAGAAUAAGGAGAAGAACAAGGAUAAAGACAAGGAGAAGGAGAAGAACAAGAACAAAGAUAAGGAGAAGAACAAGGAUAAAGAGAAGAACAAGGAGAAAGACAAAGAUAAGGAGAAGAACAAGGAGAAAGAUAAGGAGAAGAACAAGAACAAAGAGAAGAGCAAGCACAAGCAGGAGAAAGAGGGUGAGGGAUGGAUGAAGUGGUAUCGGGAGCUGAAGAAUCGCUUGGAGCUGUAG